CAAUAUUGGAUGGGGCUUCGCGAGCAAUAUCCCAACCUUAGUAGACUUGCGCUUGAUAUACUCUCUAUCCCAGCCUCAAGCUGUGAGUGUGAGCGCAUGUUUAGUGAGCUAGGUGAUCUUCUCGAACCUCGUCGGCGUAAUAUUAGUCCGCAACUUCUGGCAGCAAUACAGUGUGUGAGAAGAUGGAAAAGA